CGCGCCUGCCAUUUGGAAACAGCAUGAACUAGACAGCGCGUCCAUCACGUAUCAAGAGUCCUCGUCGAAGCACAAGCACGCGCCCAAUGUCGAGUUCGGUGGAGAAGUCGGUCAAAGGCGGCACCAAGGUCAAGCUUGCGCCGCCCAAGUCCAAAUAUGUCGAACACAUCCUCCUGGCCACGUCCGGAGGUGAGGCCGGAGUGGCCGAGAUCUUCCGCACACUGAAAGAGCGCCUACGCGACACCACCUGGACAAUCUGCUUCAAGGCCUUGAUCAUUGUGCAUUUGAUGAUCAAGGAAGGAGAAAGAGACGCGACACUUAAGUAUCUGGCCGCGGCUCCCAAGAAUCGUCUAGCCAUCAACAGCUACACUGAUGUCCAGACACAAGGGCAGAACAUUCGACGAUACUCCAACUAUCUCAUCCAGCGCGCAGAGUCCUUCGCCGACACGCACGUCGAUCACAUCCGUAACCCUGGCCGCAUGAAGACCCUCUCGAUUCCCAAGGGACUGCUCAGGGAGACAGAAGCCAUCCAAGACCAGAUCAGGGUCUUGAUUAAAUGCGACCCCCUCGAGAACGAGCCUGAAAACGACAUCUCGUUGAUGGCAUUCCGUUUGCUCACCAAAGACUUGCUCGAUUUGUUCACUGCCAUGAAUGAGGCAGUCAUGAAUAUCCUGAGCCACUACUUCGAGCUGUCUAAGCCGGACGCCGAACAUGCCAUUGGCAUCUACAAAGCCUUUGCGAAACAAACAGAUCAAGUCGUACAAUAUCUAAGCAUCGCUAGACAAUAUGAACACAUCACCAAGCUGGAGAUCCCCAAGAUCAAGCACGCUCCUACCAGUUUGGCCAACUCGUUGCAAGAAUACAUCGAUGAUCACGACUUCGAGACCAACAGAAGACAAUACCUGGCCGAACAGCAAGCCAAAUCUGGCAAGCCGACAAAGCCUUCAAGAUCCGUCACCUUUGCUGCCGAACCUGAAAAGGCGAAGACUGUGACUGCACCGGCUGCUUCUCAGCCAGCCGCCAAGGGUCCAGCUCCUGAUCUCAUCGACUUCUUCGGCUCAAUCGAAGACCAGCAACAGCCAAUGGCCCAGCACCCUACACAGCAAUACGCUCAAACAACCGGUCAGCCAUUCGGCCAAGUGUAUGGCCAACCAAUCACAGAUGCAUCUUUCCAGACUGCUCAGUCGACGAAUCCGUUCGGCGUUCCACAAAAUUCGCAGUUCAUGGCCCCGCCCGCAACCCAGAUUCAACCGCAGUUCACGGGUGCCGGCUUUGGUGGCUAUGGUCCUCAACCUCACCAACAGGUGCAACCACAGCAGACUGGCUUUUCCUCGAACCCCUUCCAGUCGGCAAUUCAGCAGCAGCCCUUCCAGAGUGCACCGCCGCAACAGCAGCAACAAUCUUCAUUCUUGCAACAGGAUCCUUUCUCCAUGCAGCAACAACAGCAAGAUCCUUUCGCCAUGCAGCAACAACAACCUGCACAAAUGCCGCCUCCGCCACAGCAGGUCCAACCACAGGCAACCAACCCUUUCCGUCAAUCCAUGAUGCCUACCGGUCAGAUCAACGGUUUUAUGCAACCGCAACAGACAGCCCAGCCCCAGCAGCGGCAGAGCAGUAACCCGUUCGCAAGGCAAGCACCUCAACAGGAUGCUAUGCAAACUGGAUUCCAACAACAGCAGCCCCUGCAAGCUCAACCCACUGGAACAAAUCCCUUCGCGAAGCAAUCCCCCCAAAUCCCUCAGCCAACAGGACAACCAGCAUCAUUCCUCACCCCUGCGGCCACAGGAAGUACAAAUCCGUUCAGACAGUCAAUGUUCGUGAACCAACAGACUGGUCAGGGUUGGCAGAAUACACCUCAAGCCAGCAUGGGAGGAUGGGAGCAAAUGGAAACUGUUCCUGUGUUCCCUCGACCUGGCCAAUGAUUGAAUAAGCAACGCACAAGUUGUGCAUCAUUUCAAAUCUACGUCCUACAUCUCAUCUUGGUUUUACUGGUUUCUUGCGUUAGCGUGGCGUUUACUGAGCGAUGGACCGCCGAGAAGCAUUGAUAUAGCAAUCAUUGAGCGUGUUGCAUUCAAAGAAGCAUUUGUUAAUUGCCUGGAUAAUCUAUAUGCUUUGGAUUUGAAUGCAGCUCGUACACCCA